AAAACACCUUUUCUUCCAGUGCUACACCCUUUUAUUGAUCUUUUGUGUCAAUAUAAGUAGACUCUUAUCACUUUGAACUUGUUCACUGACAUUCUAUUCACCAUGACAGUCAAUUCUUUAUUCAACAAUUUUACUUUUUUUUAAAUAUUAAACUUGCAUUAUUAUUUUUGAAGUGAGUUAGUGAACGAAAACAAACAAAGACCCUCCACGGGUACUCACUAUCAGUACUACUCACGUAUUUGGAUAUUUUUUGCGGGGAUUUGGAAAGCCAUUUGCAGUUCCAACCAACUAUGUUCUUAAGAAGACGUAAUUUAAAUUCAUCAAGAAUCAUAUGCAUCAUAUCAAUUAUCGUGCUUCUUCUUAUAAUCAUUUCACUAUAUCCUCAUAAGCGGACACAAUUUGGAAGAUAUUCUCGAAGACAGAAGACCAUUCGAUUUCAGCAUAGUACUGGAGAAAUAGGCGAUCAAUUAUUCUCUCUACUUUCUCAUCUUGGUGUUGCAAAAACUCUUUAUCGAAUUCCAGUUAUCAAUUCUGCUAAUAAUUCAAAAUUAAUCGAUACUCUUUCAAACGCAAUGUUUACAAGAUUUCCAUCGAUUCUGCAACAAUUUUUAAUUGCUAUUGAACCACCAACAGCAGUGAAUAGAGAACUUGGAAUCGAGAAUAGUUCGUACGAAGAUCCUCUUACAAAGUUCUCAGAGGACACAUCUUCAAGUCUGAUGGUCAAAGGGAACGGAUUCAAAAGUUUUAAAUAUUUUGAUAAUUUGCGUUCUGACAUUCGCUUGUGGGUAUUGGAAGACGCCGAAAGUGUUCUAGAAGCACAAAAUUUGAUUACAAAAUCUCAACGGAACAACUUCAAAAUUUGUGUGCAUGCAACAUUAGAAAGCAAUAAGAACUGCAGUGUUAAAGCAAUUGCACAAAUUCUGAAUCAUUAUACCAAUGAAUAUGAGGAUGUUAUGUUGAUAAUUGCUAGCCCGUUUCCGGAAUUUACUCGUUUCAUUUUUACGAACUCGAGAAUCAGAAAAUACAAAACUGAAAAAUUUUCAUUGAUCAGUUCUUCACCAGAAAUGCAAAUUAUUUUUUCAAGAAUCUAUUGUGAUGUUGUAUUCUUGACAGUUCCAUAUUCAACACAUGGAUGGUGGAUGGGAUAUUUGGCAAAAGAUGACAAUAGCCACGUGUUCUAUUUUGAUCCAGACAUGUUCCCGAAAAAUAGAACGGCGAACCAAGAAGACUAUUUCCCGCCAAAAUGGAAGAAAUUGUCAAGAAAAAUUCAAUGAUCUCGAUUUAUCUUGUACAAUAACUAACUUUUGUUUUGAAUAAAUAAUUCAUUAAGGCUGUG